GCUGGCUUCGCCGAUGUUGUGAGAAGAAUUUCACUGAAAUCCACAAUGAGCUUCCUGCUUCGGCCCUCAAUUAAGUUGCUUUCGAAACGUCAAGUCAUGGCCGUCGUCAAUUCAACGGCAGCAUUUAUUAGUCCAUUCUGGAUUACAACCUGUCAAAAUGGUUUAUAGUUCUUCACUUGACAAUGUCAUGCCCGAUCUUCGCCAACAAUAAUGAAACCCGCUUCACUACUCCUCAUCAUUCUUCUGUUACCCUUUUGCACAAUCGCGCAGCCGGCGGAAUUCCGGUUGAUCAGCUGCUCCAACGACGCCGGAAACUACACCGCCGGCAGCACGUACCGGCGAAACCUCGACGCCCUCUUCGCCUCACUCGCCGACGACAGUCGAACCACCACCGGGUUCUACAACCUCUCCUCCGGUCCGCCCGGACCGGACCGGGUCAACGCCAUCGCUCUCUGCCGAGGCGACGUGUCACUCAACGACUGCCGCGGCUGCAUCGCCGACGCCACGCGUCGGAUCCUCGUCGAUUGCCCGGUCCAGAAGCAGGCGUUCGGGCACAACGAGUCCUGCCUGAUCCGCUACUCGAACCGGUCCAUCUACGGUUCGCUCGACCCGAACCCGAAGACCGCUUCCGGGUUUCGGUUCGACCUCGCGCCCGACCCGCUCCGGUUCGAUGACGCCGUGGGCAGGUUGUUGAUCCGCCUCCGAGAUUCCGCGGCGGGAGGGAGCUCCGUGAGGAAAUUCGCGACGGGAACGGAGAUUUGCGGUUUCCUCACCAUCUACGGCCUCGUGCAGUGCUCUCCCGAUCUUUCGCGGCGGCUCUGCGACGACUGUCUCACCGGACUCACCAACGGGAUCUCCAGCGGGAGGCUCGGAGGGCAGAGCUGGCAUCCUAAUUGCCAGGUCGGGUACGAGAUUUAUCGAUUUUACGCCGAGACGGAAUCGCCGCCGACGCCUCCACCGCCGCCGGCACCGGCAGCUAUUGGGAUUCCGAUCGUCGUCGCCGCCGUGCUCUGCUCUGUUUCCUUCUUCCUCUGCUGCCGCUUUAGAUUGAAGAGGUCGACAAUCUCUAACCAGGAGACCACUGAUGAGAUCAACGGGGAGGGAUUCUCGCAAUUCGAUUUAAGAACGAUCAGACUAAUCACAAAUGAUUUCGCGGGUGAAAGCAAGCUCGGAGAAGGAGGAUUUGGAGUUGUUUACAAGGGUAUUUUGCUAAAUGGGCAAGAAGUAGCGGUGAAGAGACUCGGAAGAAAUUCAAAACAAGGAGAUAUGGAAUUCAAGAACGAAGUGAAGUUGGUGGCUAGGCUUCAACACAGGAAUCUAGUUAGACUUUUGGGCUUCUGUUUAGAAAGGGAAGAGAGGCUUCUUGUCUACGAAUUCGUCCCUAAUGCCAGUCUCGACCAUUUUCUCAUGGAUGCCGACAAACGAAUGCAUUUGAACUGGGAGACAAGAUACAAGAUUAUCAUAGGUAUUGCUCGAGGGAUGGUCUACCUUCACGAAGACUCUCGACUAAGGAUCAUCCAUCGCGAUCUGAAAGCCAGCAACAUUUUGUUGGACGCCCAGAUGAGCCCCAAGAUUUCAGAUUUCGGGAUAGCCAGAUUGUUUGAUUUGGACGAGACUCGAGGGAAUACCAGCAGAAUCAUGGGGACUCACGGAUAUAUGGCUCCAGAAUAUACAAUUCAUGGACAAUUUUCAGUAAAGUCCGACGUGUUCAGCUUCGGAGUGCUAGUUUUGGAGAUGGUUAGCGGUCAUCAUAACAGUUAUGUUCAUGAUGGCUCGAGCAUGGAGAGCCUCUUAAGUUAUGCAUGGAAGAACUAUAGGAACGGGACUUACAUCAGCCUCGUUGACCCGUAUCUGAGGAACGACGUCGUUUCAGGCGCCGAGAUCGCGAGAUGCAUCAACAUCGGGCUGCUGUGCGUGCAGGCGAACGCCGACGACAGGCCGACGAUAGCCGCCGUUGCUCUGAUGCUGACUAGCCAUUACAUGACCCUGCCAUUGCCUUCCGAGCCGGGUUUCUUCACCGGAGGUGGUUCUUCUUCGUGGGGUUACAGUAGCAGAACUUCGAGGGCGAGAUCAGUUACCGACGGUGGCUCCUUUCCUUCUGCUGAGGCUCUUCCUUUGUUGAGCAAUGACGUCCCUAUAUCCGACCUUCCUCGUUGAAACGCGAUAGUCAUACACUCUGUUCUUAAUUUUACUAUCAUUCAUAAAUAAAUAAACACAAACGUGUUUUGCCUUGUGGUUGAUCGUCUCAUUUAGGGUGUGCAAUAUUGUGCAAUAGUCCUGUCAGCUCAGGAGAACCGCGGUCCAACAGUAAGAGACUUCUAUGGAUUAAUGAUCGAAUUAACAGUACAUUCGAUUUACUUUGAUCCGAUUCAAAUGUCACUUCGGUCCUUUUUUUAGUAUUAAUAAAAUUUGUGAAAAUAA